UCCGUCCGUCCAGCCAGUUAGCCACUACACAGCUGUUAGGCGAGGCGCAUCGCUUCUCGAAGCUCUCCAAUUUCUACACAGACGCACACACUAGCCGACAGUCAUGUCUGAAGGCAACGUCAAACCCUCAUCCGCCCCAGUGGUCCAUGAGGCACACGAGGUUGACACCUACCAUGUGCCGAAGGCAUUCCACGAUAAACACCCGAAGCAGAAGCCCCAUCUAGACGGUCUCGAUCACUACAAGAAGUUGUACAAGGAGUCCAUCGAGGAGCCCCACAAGUUCUGGGGCAACCUUGCCAGGGAACUACUCACUUGGGAUCGCGACUUCCAAACAGUGCACGCCGGUAGCUUCGCCCAUGGCGACAAUGCUUGGUUCGUCGAGGGAAAGCUGAAUGCUUCCUACAACUGUGUCGAUCGACAUGCCUUCAAGAACCCAGACCGACCCGCCAUCAUCUACGAGGCUGAUGAGGCCGGUGAUGGUCGCACCAUAACCUACGGAGAGCUCCUCCGACAGGUAUCAAAGCUUGCCUACACUCUUAAGGAGAUGGGUGUGAAGAAAGGCGACACCGUCGCAGUGUACCUCCCCAUGAUUCCCGAAGCGCUCGUCGCUCUGCUCGCGUGUUCGCGUAUUGGCGCAAUUCACUCAGUCGUCUUCGCCGGUUUCUCGUCAGACUCCCUGCGUGACCGUAUCAUUGAUGCCGAAUCCAAGGUUGUCAUCACUGCCGAUGAGGGCAAGCGUGGUGGAAAGCUCAUCAGCACCAAGAAGAUCGUAGAUGAGGCUCUUAAGCAGUGCCCCGAUGUCUCCCACUGUCUCGUUUUCAAGCGUACCGGUGCCGACGUACCGUGGACCAAGGGCCGAGAUCUCUGGUGGCACGAGGAGGUUGAGAAGUGGCCCAACUACAUUUCCCCAGAGCCCGUGAGCUCUGAAGAUCCUCUCUUCUUGCUCUACACUUCUGGUUCAACCGGAAAGCCCAAGGGUGUUAUGCACACGACCGGAGGUUACCUCAUUGGAGCCGCUGCGACAGGAAAGUACGUCUUUGAUAUCCACGACGACGACACCUUCUUCUGCGGUGGAGACGUCGGAUGGAUCACUGGCCACACCUACGUGGUGUACGCACCACUGUUGCUCGGUGUUGCUACCGUCGUUUUCGAGGGUACCCCAGCAUACCCCAACUUCUCGCGUUACUGGGACAUCGUGGACAAGUACAACGUCAGUCAGUUCUACGUUGCACCCACUGCUCUGCGGUUACUCAAGCGUGCCGGCGACGAGCACGUCAAGCACAAGAUGGCGAACCUCCGUAUCUUGGGAUCCGUCGGUGAGCCCAUCGCCGCUGAGGUCUGGAAGUGGUACUUCGAGAUUGUAGGAAAGGAGGAGGCACACGUUGUCGAUACCUACUGGCAAACAGAGACUGGUUCUCAUGUCAUUGCACCUCUCGGUGGAAUCACCCCUACGAAGCCCGGAUCUGCGUCUCUUCCCUUCUUCGGUAUUGAGCCAGCCAUCAUCGACCCCGUCUCUGGUGAAGAGAUCCACGGAAACGAUGUUGAGGGUGUUCUUGCUUUCAAGCAGCCAUGGCCAAGCAUGGCCCGCACAGUCUGGGGUGCACACAAGCGAUACAUGGACACCUACCUGAACGUCUACAAGGGCUACUACUUCACGGGAGACGGUGCGGGACGAGACCACGAGGGAUAUUACUGGAUUCGUGGCCGUGUUGAUGACGUUGUCAACGUAUCUGGACAUAGAUUGUCGACUGCAGAAAUCGAAGCAGCUCUCAUUGAGCAUCACUCUGUGGCUGAGGCCGCCGUUGUGGGUACGAACGAUGAGCUUACCGGCCAAGCUGUCAACGCGUUCGUCUCUCUCAAGGAUGGCAGUGAUGCAAGCGAUCAAACGAAGAAGGACUUGAUCCUGCAAGUGCGCAAGUCAAUUGGUCCAUUCGCAGCACCGAAGGCGAUAUUCGUGGUUCCAGACCUGCCCAAGACGCGAUCUGGGAAGAUCAUGCGCCGCAUUCUUCGAAAGAUCUUGGCGGGUGAGGAGGACCAACUGGGAGACAUCACAACGCUCUCGGAUCCAUCGGUCGUUGACAAGAUUAUCGACGUGGUGCACGCUGCCAAGAAGAAGUAAAUGGUUAAGUUAAGCGCAACGUUAUUCGUG